AUGCCGACUAGCUUGACGAAUGGUGGCAAUCACAAUUUGGAGGCGACGAUGAUCAAAUGGGUGGAAGAAACAAUAGUUGAAUGGCAUCAGAGUGAAAUUUUGGCCUUGACACGAAAGCAACAGAACAAAGCCUUUGAACGAGCGAAGUUUCUCGAUCCCAAUGUUCCCAUUGUUGAGAGUUUCGGCAACUGGGGCUGUUUCAGAUGGGGAGCUUACAACAACCCGUCUGGGUAUCAUAAUGACUAUGUGAGACGUUCAUCAAUCAACCAACAUGCCAUAUUUGUGCAUCUUUCUAAUUGUCCUCUGGCUAGGUGA